GCUGUGUGCUAAGCUUCCGCUACUUUAUUUGGUGUGUCGUGGUGUAUGCGUCCAUUGAUGGUGACAAAAAUAUCUGCGGUCAAUUUUGAGAAGAAGAAGUCAUUUGCACUUAAAUAAAUUGUGGUAUUCGAUAAUAGGUCUUGCUGCCGGGUAGCCUAAUUAAUAUUCGUAGACAUCUAAAAUUUCAACAGGGAUAACUCAAAUAAAAAGUAUUUUUCACAAUUUAUGUUCAUGUUAAUUGCUAGCCAUCAAAUCCCCCACCCGUGAUUAAGAAUUGUUAAGUCCGUAGCGUGGACAGAUUUCAAGUCGAGUAAACUCUCUUUUAUCGCCACAUCCUCUCUGUCUGCUGUCAACUCAAAACGAGUCAACGUUUUGUUGUUGUCUAUAGUGGGGAAGAAACCCAGACAGUUAGUGUUUGCGUUGGGCUUGUAGUUUGUACUCGUUUUAAACUUUCAAUGUAAUUCUUUUUUUUUUUUUAAAGAACAUUUGAAUGUCUCGUUUUUAGGAAGUUUUCAAAUUCAAUCCGCACAGAUAGCAAACGUACAGUGUUCCAAAGUAAUGGAUUCGCGGGUAUCAGAGCUUUUUGCUACAGGUUCCGGACAGAAGUCUGGAUCCCAAGGAGUUGGAUCUAGCUCGGGAAAUUGCUUUGGAAUGGUUUCUAAAAAGUGUUGUGCAAAGAAUGCCAAAAAAGCAAAGAGUAGGUCAUCCCGAACCUGCAAACCAAGCAAUAACCCCCCAUAUAUUCCUCCGGCUAAUCUUCCACCAGAGGCUGAAGAGGGGAAUAUAGAGUACAAGCUGAAGCUCAUCAACCCAACGCAGUACCGCUUUGAACACCUGGCCACGCAGAUGAAAUGGCGUCUACAGGAGGGGCGGGGCGAGGCUGUCUAUCAGAUUGGCGUUGAGGAUAACGGCAUGCUUGUGGGCCUAUCAGAGGAAGACCUGAGGUCAUCACUAAAGACCCUUGGAAGGAUGGCAGAAAAGGUUGGAGCUGACAUCACUGUUCUCAGAGAGAGAGAAGUUGACUACGAUGCUGACAUUCCCCGUAAGGUGGCUGAGGUGCUUAUAAGGAAGGUACCAGACGACCAGCAGUUUUUGGACCUGAGGGUGGCUGUGCUGGGUAAUGUGGACUCAGGAAAGUCAACGCUGCUUGGUGUGCUGACACAGGGUGAGCUGGAUAACGGGCGUGGGCGAGCCCGACUCAACCUUUUCAGACACCUCCACGAGAUCCAGACAGGACGCACUUCAAGCAUCAGCUUUGAGAUCCUUGGGUUUAACAGCAAAGGAGAGGUGGUGAAUUACAGUGAGUCGCGAACAGCAGAGGAGAUCUGUGAGAGUGCCUCUAAAAUGAUCACAUUUAUUGACCUGGCCGGCCACCACAAGUACUUGAAGACUACUAUCUUUGGGCUGACCAGCUACUGUCCAGACUUUGCAAUGCUGGUGGUCAGCGCAAACACGGGCAUUGCUGGUACAACGCGGGAGCACCUGGGUCUGGCCAUGGCUCUGAAGGUGCCCAUCUUCAUUGUCGUCAGUAAGGUAGACCUGUGCAAGCGUGAGACGGUGGAGCGCACCGUCCGACAGCUGGAGCGCAUCCUCAAACAGCCCGGCUGCAACAAAGUCCCUCUGGUGGUGUCCACCACUGAUGACGCCGUUACAGCCGCCCAACAGUUUGCUCAGUCCCCCAGCAUCACUCCCAUCUUCACCGUGUCCAGUGUGUCGGGGGAGAGUCUGGAACUGCUCAAGGUCUUCUUCAACAUCAUCCCCCCACUCAGUAACAGCAAGGAGCAGGAGGAGCUCAUGCAGCAGCUCACUGAGUUUCAGGUGGAUGAGAUCUACACAGUUCCUGAGGUGGGGACAGUAGUGGGAGGAACUCUAUACAGUGGUAUCUGUCGCGAGGGGGAGCAGCUGGUGGUGGGUCCUACAGACUCUGGUCAGUUCCGCGAGCUCACGGUGUGUAGCAUCCAGAGAAACCGCUCUGCUUGCAGGGUACUGAGGGCCGGCCAAGCUGCCACACUCGCACUGGGCACCUUCGACCGCUCACUCCUACGCAAAGGUAUGGUGAUGGUGAGCCCGGAGAUGAAUCCUACUAUCUGCUGGAUGUUUGAGGCUGAGAUUGUGCUGCUGUUCCAUGCCAAGACCUUCCACAAAGGCUUCCAGGUCACUGUGCACGUGGGUAACGUUCGACAGACGGCCACCGUGGAGGCCGUGCAUGGCAAGGAGCUGAGGACUGGAGAAAAGGCAGUAGUGUGUUUUAGAUUCAUCAAACACCCAGAGUACCUGAAAGUCGGGGCCAAGCUGCUGUUCAGAGAGGGAGCCACCAAAGGCAUCGGGCAGGUCACCAAGCUACACCCUGUCUGCCAAUACCAGCCCCCUCAAAGCGAGCAUCAGGCCUAGAACCUGGAACAGCUUAGUGGAACAGGAGAACCAGAGCAGAACCACACUAGUCCCAGCAAGAACCCAGGAUCUACAAGACAAUUGUGAGGGAGGAAUUCCUUCUCUUUCUCCAGUCAAUUUCAGCCUUCCCACUUCUUCUCUCUUCUCUAUACUAAGACAAUCUUAGCACAAGCCUGACUUCCCUAGAAUCUUUUCAGUAUUUUCCACCUUUCAAUUUUGUUUGGUCAAAGCCUAGUUGCCUUUUAAAAGGCUGCUUUUAUUCAACAGAUACAGCUUUCUAGGUUUUACAUUUAUUGCUUAAGCUUUUCUAGAUGCUCAUGAGGGAUGUUUCUUUUGUCCCCGUUUUGAACUGGUUACCAAGCACCAGUCACCGCUGUGAGAUUGACGGGAAAGAUCUGGCUACAGGAGGCUCCAUAUCUCGAUUGUAACCAUGGAAAUAUGAGUAAUGAAGGCUUAAUAAUAGUUAAAAAGUAGUUACCUAUAGUUAAAAGUAGAAACAUAGAUCAUUUCCAAACCCGAGACACAUAUCACCUGCUGGAACAUCACCAGGGCACCCACACCCAAUACACUGAAGGAGACAUGUUCAGCAGUUGAAAAGACACUGAGUUCUCUAAACAGUUUACAAACCAAAAGUACAGGCUUACUGAUGGCAGAUUGAUGUGACUCCUAAGCUACAGCCUUAGGAAGUCAGAGGUUACAAUGAGAAUGUAUCCUCCAUCAUCACCACCCCACUUCAUUUUGCUUGUAUAACCUGUACAGUGCCUGAUUAAAAGUUCAAAAAGAGUAAAAUAGGACUUCAUGAUGAGGCAUUUCCUGCUAUCUUGUACUGUAUAGCCAUCUCACUGGUGUUCAUCAUCCCAAAUACAACAUACUUCCUUUCUAGCACAGUUUGAGAAUGUUUGUGACUUGCAGAAAGGCCUCGAUAGGCCAACUUACAGAGGGAUGAUGUUGCUGCCUACAUUUAAAGUGCUUUAUUUACUCAGGUCAGUAUAUUGUACAUUAGACAGAAUUCUACUCACUCCAAUGAUAAAUAUAGGUGAUUUUGUCACUCAGUAGCUUUAAGGAAUUGUCAACUAUUGCUCCCAAAAUGAUUGUGACUGUUUCUUUGUGUGUUUCAUAAUAUUUGUUUAAAAAAAAAAAAAAGCUGCCACUUUGUGCUGCUGUGUUUAAACUGCCUGUUCAGCAGCCAUGUUGAGGUGGCCUUUUCUGUGGUAUUCUGUUAUGUUACUGAUGUCACUGUUAUUAUGAAAGGGGUGUAACACAGUGCCUAGUGGAACUACUACUUUUAGAGUACCCAUCCAUGACACCCCAAGGUUCAACAAGUUUCUGGGGGAAAAUCUACUUGAUUUGGUGCUACUCCUUCAGCCAGCAUUUGACAUUUAGAAUGUUGUGUGAAUGUGUUGUUUGUUGCUGAAUUCAUUAGUUCAGUGCUGUUGACCUCACCACCUGUCUGAAGUUAUUGCUAGGUUGGAAUGACGCAGAGAAAUCACUCGCUCAUUUAUGCCUAUGAAAAGAGGGAAAAUUACAAUGUUUGUUGCACCUAUAUUAUUGUGUGGUUUGUGUGCACUUGUAGACAGAAUAGUAACAAAGUAUCUCAACCAAAAUAUUUUAUAUUGGAAAAACAAAGAGCCGCUCAUAAAGUUGAUUUUUUUCAUAUACAGAAUGUUUGUUUUUACAGAUUUGUAUCAGGUUUUUAAUUUCACUCAAACCAUCAGUUUUCUAAUCUGUUUUAGUCUAGCACCAACACCAUCAAGUGUCACUUUUUCAGCCACAGAUAGGAUUUUUAUUUUUUUUAAUGAUUUCAUUCAAUCAGAAUCGAGUGAAGUACCAUUUAUGUACAGAUACAAUUUGUAUAUUGUGUACAUAAAUAAACCGUUUUAUUGACUUGA